UUGCAAGAAAUAAAAGAAAAAGUUUAAAUAUGCCAUAUGUCAAACUCUGAAUGGUCCUUAUCUUCUUUUAAUUAAAACAUAGAGUAAAUAUCCAAAUAAAUUAUAAAAAAACAAAACCUUCUAAAAAUUAAAAAUGAAUUAAAAAAGAACCCCUCUCUCACCACAAGUACCACCAACCACCCUCCCCAUAGCCACCCACCCACCCUGAAACCAUUACCCUACAACCCCUUUUCCGGCAACCCUCCUCCCACGACCCCACUUCUCGCGACCUUCCCCCUCCCUAAAAUCCCCUUUGCGCAAACCUUUCUCCCCUAAAACCCCUUUCUGCAACAAUUGUCACCUCAAUCACAACCAUAAGCACCGUGUUUGGAGUAAAUCUAUCAAGGGGGUUGCAACCUCCAUUAACGCAGGUAAGAAAUCAUCCCCACAACAAUUUUCAGUUUCAUCAAGGUAAAUUAAGUAAGACCCAUAUCUCAUAAAAAAUGAAUAAGAAAAAAGUUCUAAUUGUAGUGUUUUGAGAUGAAACAUUGGUACAAUUUUGAGACCUAAAUUGAACAUUGUCAUUGCCUCAUUGGAGACGAGAGAGAAGGUUGUACAUAUGUCAAUGGUGGUGGGUAUUCCUCAAAUGGAUAAUGAAUAUGUGAUGGAGAAGGUGGUUGGAUGAAUUCAUGGGAGAGGGACUCCAAGAAGGGGAUUGCAGGGUAGGAUGGUGCUAGGUAGAGCCUGUGUGUUCGGUAUUAGUGGUUGUGAGUGGCAAAGGUUGUGACUCUUUUCGUGGACAGAGAGAGGUGGGGGGUUGUGAGGUGGGUGAGCACGGAAUAAGUUUUCUUUUCUUAUUUUUUUUUUCAUUUUUGAGUUUUAAUAUUAGAGGAAAUAAAUGGAAAAAUUACCCGAUAAACAAGUUGUAGGUCAUUUGGACCCGUAAAGGAUAAUGCGGUGCAAAUGUCGAAUUUUUCAAAAAUAAUCAAAAGAAUCACCCAAAGAUAAAUUUUUAAAAUUAAAUUUUUCAUUUGAUCGAUAACUCAAAUAAAUACCUUAAGACGUUUUUCUUGAAAAUUACCUUAAAAUCCAACAUAAUUUUUAAAUUUUUUUUAAAAAAACCUUUUUUUUUCUCAAUGUUCACAGCUAAUAAGAAACCCGGAGUAAUAAAUAGUAGAAGUAUUAGAAUAAUAGAAUUACAAUUAGAAUUAGGGCAGUCAAGGGUAGACAGACACUCUAGGUCGGCGGCAGGCACGGUAACGCAGAAUUGGUUUUCCCGGCCGCCGCAUCACCGCCAUGGUUAGAAGAAGAAACGGAGGUAGUACUCCAUCUAAACGUCAAUCUACGUUAUCACCCGCCGUUUUACACCGCCGUAUUGAGUCCUGUAAUAUUAGUCAUCUCUCUUCCGACGAUAUCGCCGAGCAUCUCUACUCCGCAUACCCCGAUUACAAACACUACAAACUUAUCCCUUUUCGGUCUAAAAUCCGGCAAAUCCUCCAGCGUUCUCAAUUUUUUUCCGCCAUUGAUGAUGAGAGUGAAUCUUUAGAGCAUCAAAGUCCUUCCAGGAAAAAGCGAAAGCAUGUUAUUGAUGAGGGAGAAAAGAAAUUGAUUGAAAGAGAAAAUACCCAUUCUCAAAUGAGGAGGAAAUAUAAUUCUUCUGAUUCAUCUGACACUUCGGUUUCAACUUCGGAGGAUGCAAUUUACGGCGAGGAUGUGAAACCCGAGUUUGAUUUAAUGAAAUCUAUGCUAAGAGCAGGAUAUGGGGAUGAAAAAUCGCCGACACUGAAUUCGAAAUUGAAGUACGGAGUUGUUGGAGAGGAGAGGAAUGUGGAGAUGGAGGAUCUGAGAAGAGAGAAAAAGAUUGGGGAUGCUGCAUUAGUAAGAGGGGGUAAGAUUACAAGUGAUGUGAUGGAGGAUAGAGAAUUGAAUAAUGUUGGUUUGAAUGGGGAAAUUAAGGGUAAAGAAGGACCUAGGUUUAAGGAUUUUGGUGGGAUUAAGAAACUUUUGGAUGAAUUAUUGAUGGAAGUGGUGGUGCCUCUUUAUCACCCACAGAUACCACAAAUGUUGAAUACCAAACCCACAUCUGGGAUUUUGUUUUAUGGUCCUCCUGGUUGUGGCAAAACUCAAUUAGCUCGCGCCAUUGCCAAUGAGACUGCUCUUCCUUUUUAUCAAAUUUCUGCUACUGAGAUUGUGUCUGGUGUUUCUGGUGCUUCGGAAGAGAAUAUUCGUGAAAUUUUUGCAAAAGCAUAUAGAACUGCUCCAUCCAUUGUGUUUAUUGAUGAAAUUGAUGCAAUUGCUUCGAAAAGAGAAAAUCUGCAGAGAGAGAUGGAGCGGCGGAUAGUUACUCAAUUGUGUACUUGCAUGGAUGAGUCCCAUAGGCCUGUAAAGCCCAAUGAUAACCUUGCUGAUCCUGAAGAUGAGGAUAAGGGCCAUAAGGCAUCAGGGUAUGUUCUUGUUAUUGGAGCUACUAAUAGGCCUGAUGCUCUUGAUCGUGCACUCAGGCGGGAAGGGCGAUUUGGACGGGAGUUUUCUUUAGGAGUUCCUAAUGAAGAUGCAAGGCUUGAGAUACUAUCAAAGUUGACACAGAAGCUAAGGCUUGCUGGGGAUUUUGAUUUGCCAAAAGUAGCCAAGGCCACUCCAGGGUUUGUUGGUGCGGAUUUGGUAGCUUUGGCUAAUAAGGCUGGUAAUCUUGCGAUGCAAAGGAUAAUUAAUCAAAGGCGGUUGGAGCUAUCUAAGGAAGAUGUGGGCUAUGAUGAAGAUUGGUGGAAGGAACCUUGGUCAAUUGAAGAGCUGAGAAAUCUAAGCAUUACGAUGGCGGACUUUGAGGAGGCUGCAAAAAUUGUGCAGCCAUCUUCAAAAAGAGAAGGAUUCUCUGCCAUUCCUAACGUGAAGUGGGAGGAUGUUGGAGGGCUUAGCAUGUUGAGAAAGGAGUUUGAACUCUAUGUUGUUAACCGUAUAAAAUAUCCUGCACAAUAUGAGGAAUCCGGAGUAGACUUAGAAUCAGGCUUUUUGCUUUAUGGCCCCCCUGGUUGUGGUAAGACUCUGAUUGCCAAGGCAGUAGCCAAUGAGGCUGGAGCCAAUUUUAUACAUAUCAAGGGACCUGAACUUUUAAACAAGUAUGUUGGUGAGAGUGAAUCGCAAGUACGAACACUAUUCAAUCGUGCGAGAACGUGUGCUCCAUGCAUAAUUUUCUUUGAUGAGGUGGAUGCUCUAACAACAGAACGUGGAAAAGAAGGCGGCUGGGUCGUUGAGCGGCUUUUGAACCAGCUUUUGAUUGAGCUAAAUGGUGGAGAUCACAGGCGUGGUGUUUUUGUUAUCGGUGCUACAAAUCGACCCGAAGUGAUAGAUUCUGCAUUGCUGAGGCCCGGAAGAUUCGGAAAACUAUUAUAUGUUCCUUUACCAGAUCCUGAUGAGCGUGGCUUGAUUUUAAGAGCUUUAGGUAGAAAAAAACCAGUUGAUAGCUCCGUAGAUUUGCUUGAGCUGGGGAAAAGAGAGGCUUGUGAAAAUCUGAGCGGAGCUGACCUUUCUGCACUGAUGAAUGAAGCUGCAAUGGCUGCACUGGAAGAGAAGCUGAGGCCUCCCCAGAGCCCUUCUGAAGACCGCCCUCAAAUUACCAUCAAGUCUGAACAUUUUGAGCAAGCCAUGAAGAAAAUUACUCCAUCCGUUUCUGUUAAGCAAAAGCAGUAUUAUGAAAGACUGUCAAAGACUUUCCGAGCAGCCUAAAAUGAGUUUCCGAGCAGCAAAAGCAGUAUAUAGGGUCUGCGUCGCUUCAUAGGUCUUAACAUGGAUGCUGUUCCUGCGAGGGCUGAAGUAGUUGAUGCAUCAUUGUGCCUCACUCCGAAUUGGCUUUUCAUAUUCCUUCACAAUUUUGUUCACAAUUUUGUCGUGUCAUGGUAUCUACUUUUUCGUCUCAUUGAAUUUGUUACAUAUGCAUUUUCAAUGUAAGCUUUUUAUACCAAAUAUAACAAUUUAAUGAGACUAAAAGAGUAGUAUAUAUAUAUUGCUUUUGUUUUAGAAUUAUCACGAUUUAUAUAUUAAACCUGGUACUGGUACAAUUUACGCGUUAUAUAAUUAUAGAUGCUUUUAAAUACAAUAGUAAUUUUUUAUUUAACAAAAAAUUUAUGUUACUUAUAUGGUGCAAAAUAUGCUUUUGA